AUGUCUCUUGCGCGGGAUCUGCACAUCGCGGACUGGAUCAGCACAUGUUCUUCAACUCAUAAUCCGAUUUUGGAGCUGCAACACUACACCGCGAUCAAAUUCGCGUCGCGCGCCCCAAAUAUGGCAAGGGUCGCCAUGACGGGACUUAUGUUAUUGAAACGAGUGUGUUUGGAGGAAGAUGAUUUAUUACUGAAUUACUAA